AUGGCACGCACAUACCGUAUCUUGCACCGGCCGUGGAAGGCGAGGGCGCCUCUGUUCUGGGGAAUGCUCCCUGAGCUGGGCGGUAUCAUCCCGUUGCUCGUCAUGUUCGCCUUCCAGCAGCCGGAUGGUUUCAGGACGCUAUUCUGGCGCAUCGGGUUCGAGAACAAGCUCAACUCAAACCCCAACAUGAUCCUCUACGCAUACGCCAACUACCAGCCCCUUCCUACCAUCCCGUUUGUCUGGUCCAGGAUGUUGACGGACUACAACGUUGCCAUUUCGGUCCUGUCUCUUUUUGUUCUCCUGGCCAAGAUGAUCGGUAUCAUCAUGAAGGUCUUCUACCCGGUCAUUGGCACCUUUGUGGGCGUCUGCAUGACCGUUCUCUACGCCGUCAGCGUCUACGGCCAGGCCGGCCCGGACUAUGCCGACUCCCGGUAUCCCAGCCCGGUCCCCUGGCACCUCCGGUCCCAGUACGGGUGCAAACUGGCCGAGCGGUACGGUGCUGGACAGACCUGCCAGAUGGUGCAGGCGACGCUUGGUGUGACCGCAUAUAUGCUAGUCCUCUACCUCUGCCAAACCGGAUUUGCCGUCUGGGCCAUGAUCCCCAACAAGGAGCUCGAUAUGUACGACUCGGAUGACGAGGACAACGAUUAUAGGAAGCCUGCCGCGAGGGAUAAGGGCGUGACGGUCCAGAUGCAGCCUACGCCGCCGAACGAGCAGAUGCCUUUCACGCCGCGGACGCAGGCGUUCCACACGUUGGAGAGGAAACUGCCGCUGCGGGCCUGA